AUGGCGCGCGUUGACUCAACACCCCAAACAGUUUCGAUCAAACCGAAAAGUGCCAAUUUUUGUAGAUUUAUAAUUAUUAUUGUUUUAACAUUAUUCUGUGCUGUAGCAUACUUUAUUUCGAGGAGACCUUUAGAUACAUUAGGAGAUCCGUCUGAUCAAUUUACUGUUAAAAACAUUCCAAAUAUAUAUACACGUUUGGAAGGUGUUGACCCUGAAGAAAGGGAGGUGUUCCAAGGAUUCCAAACAUCAUUCCUGCCGCCGGAGGAGGUGGUGUUAUCGAGGAAAGGAUUUGAAGAUAGUGACGAAGUUUUAGACAGUAAUGUGACGAGCGAUAUAUAUAAAUGGGAAGAAAAAAGACGAGAAAAUCCCACAAGGGUUAAACGGGGAAGCCAUUCUACUUUCUCGACACAAGAUUACGAUCAAGAAACACCAAUACAAUACAUACAAAAUGUCGAAGAUAUACAAGAAGAUGAAGACGGUGGAAAUGAAAAGGAAAUUGAAUAUGGCAGUGAUAGCGAUCAACACGACGAAGAAAGAAGUAUGCAAAGUGUGGUGCAUCCAGAGAUUUACGUUGAUCGUGGUCCAUUAGACGAUGUAGAACAAGUUCGCCGACAACCUGAACUGGAGGAAGGUGAAAUGGGUUCCGCUGCUCAUUUAUACAAACCUGUUCGAUCUUAUACAGGGGUGCACGCGUUUUGGAAGGGUCAAGGUGACAAAGAAACUAUAAGACACACGCAGUCAAAAAUAAUGAGGCAAUACAUGGAUGCUGAGGCCGAUCCUUGUCAUGAUUUUUAUCAAUAUGCUUGUGGAAAUUGGCCAACACUCAAUCCCAUACCAGCUGAUAAAGCUGGUUACGAUACAUUUGAGAUGUUGAGGGAGAAUUUGGAUACGGUAUUAAGGGAUAUGUUGCAGUUUUCUAAAGAUGAACAGAUACCUAGCCAAUAUCCGGGGCCACAUCUAGAUUUUAAUGAUAAUUUAAAACAUGCUAUAAACUCACAAUGCUCGCAAGAAACUCACGAUAUGGUUGAUUAUAUUAUUACUAACUCCAAAGAAAUACUCAAUCUGACUGAGAGAAAAAAUACCUAUGAAAAUAAAGACGAGAGCAAAACUGAAAUAAUAAAUCGCAUCAGAAGAUAUCUUGAUAUGAAAUCACGGGACAUGAAGAAAUCUUCAACUAAAACUAAAUUCAAAUUACACGAGUAUCUAUUCAUGAACAAUAAAAAGAGGAAAAGUUUAAGGAGACAAAAAAGACACGAUGAUAACAAUGAUAUACGGAACCAUAGCGAAAAGAAAAAACGGAAUAUAAUAUUCGAUAAAAACGGUUUCAAUAGAAAAACACAUUUUAAAAGGGGUAAAAGAAAAGAAACAUUGGAACAACUUUUGGAUAAUCUUAAACAGAACUAUGAAUUACCCAAAAACGACCCAGCCAAUGGCGACGCAGCAUUGAAAGCUAGAUUUUUAUUUAAGUCUUGUAUGAACCAUGAUAUUCUACAGAAAAGGGGUCACGUACCUCUUUUAGAUCUGCUUGAUAUUUUAGGAGGCUGGCCGAUACUAAAACCAGGAUGGGAUCCUAAAAAUUUCGACUGGUUGGAACUUAUGGCAAAACUGAGACUAUAUAAUAAUGAUAUUUUAAUAUCUGAAUGGGUUGGACCAGAUAUAAAGAACUCCGAUGAAUUCGUUAUACAGUUUGAUCAAACGAGUCUAGGUUUGCCAACAAGAGAUUAUUUUCUACAAGAGUCUAACAAGGUAUAUUUAGAGGGUUAUAGGGCUUAUUUGAUAAAAAUAGCAACUUUACUCGGUGGAGACAUUGAUCAUGUAAAAGAGAGUGCAGUAAAACUGAUUGAUUUUGAAAUCAACCUUGCAAAAAUAACUUCUGCACCAGAAGAUAGGCGUAACGUAUCAGAACUCUAUCGACGCAUGACACUCGCUAAGCUAGAAGGACUGGUCCCCGAGAUUAAGUGGAGGAAAUAUUUGUGCAUCGUAAUGAACAGGACGAUUGAUUCAAGCGAAACUGUAGUACUGUUCGCUUUGUCGUACGUACGGCACUUGGUUCAAUUGAUAAAGAAGACGGAUCCUAAUACUUUAUCAAAUUACUUGUUGUGGCGUUUCGUGAGACACCGAGUCAACAAUCUUGAUGAUCGCUUCCAAUCUGCUAAACAACAAUUCUAUUACAUUUUAUUCGGACGCGAACAAGCGCCACCUAGAUGGAAGAACUGUAUAUCCCAAGUGAACUCAAACAUGGGAAUGGCAUUAGGGUCAAUGUUUGUUAGAAAAUACUUUGACGAGAUGAGCAAAAACGACACACUUACUAUGACGAGGGAAAUCCAACAGGCGUUCAGAGAGUUACUACACAUGACGGAUUGGAUUGAUGAGGAGACAAAAAAACUAGCAGCUCAUAAAGUGGACUCUAUGAUGCUCAGAAUAGGCUACCCAGACUUCAUUCUCAACAAGAAAGAGCUCGACGAUCGUUAUAAGGAAGUGCAAAUACAUCCAGAUAAAUAUUUCGAGAAUAUUCUAAAUAUAUUACAACAUCUUACUAAAAUGGAACAGUCGCGUAUCGGUCAGCCUGUUAACAAGACACUAUGGAACACGGCACCGGCGGUGGUGAACGCGUAUUACAGUCGUAAUAAAAAUCAGAUCAUGUUUCCUGCUGGGAUCCUACAACCACCAUUCUAUCACCGACACUUCCCGAGGUCAUUGAACUUUGGAGGCAUUGGAGUGGUUAUUGGUCAUGAAAUUACCCACGGAUUUGACGACAAAGGCCGUCUGUUUGACUGCGAGGGUAACCUGCACCGCUGGUGGUCUGAUUCAGCCAUCGAGGCAUUCCAUCGUCGAGCUCAAUGCCUCAUCGACCAGUAUGGACGAUACGUGGUGCCAGAAGUCAAUAUGAAACUAGAUGGUGUUAACACACAGGGUGAGAACAUAGCUGAUAAUGGUGGCGUGAAGCAGGCGUUUCAUGCUUACCAACGCUGGCUUCUGCAGCAUGGCGCUGCUGACGAGACCUUGCCUGAACUCAAUCAUACCAGCACACAGCUGUUCUUUCUCAACUUUGCUCAGGUAUGGUGUGGUGCGAUGAGACCAGAGGCGAUGAGAAAUAAAUUAAAGACAGCCGUCCACUCUCCAGGAAGAUUCCGUGUCAUUGGAACGCUUUCUAAUUCCCUGGACUUCGCCAGAGAAUUCCAAUGUCCACCGGGAUCACCAAUGAAUCCGAUUCAUAAAUGUAGCGUUUGGUAG